CCUGCCUGUGAAAUAGGCAGUGGCUUUUCAGCAGCUGUCAAGAAAGGACCUCACUCCAACCUCACAAGGUGUGGCUCAGCAUCGCUUUAUCAGCACUGCAGACUGGGAAGUAACAGGGUGUGAAUCUCAGCACCUAGUGUUAUUGAUAAUGGCAUCUCAUUUUGGAAUUGCCUUCUUUUUCUUCUCAGUAUGGACUAUAAGCCUCACAAUACAGGACACUUUUCCUAUAAAAGAUAUUUACAUCGCAAAGUGCCGGAUUGCUGGAAUUACUCUUGUUUCAUAUAAGAAUCAACCUCUUUUCAACUUCACUGAAGCACAGGCAGUAUGCAGGCAGCUAGACUUAACACUAGCACAUAACUCUGAUGUAGAAAAAGCUUGGAAGCAUGGCUUUGAAACCUGCAGGUUUGGCUGGGUGGCAGAAAAAUAUGCUGUCAUUUCUCGGAUAACUCCAAAUGAAAACUGUGGUAAAAAUAAAACAGGAGUAGCCCUCUGGAGACUCUCAACAAACAGGAAAGCCUUUGCUUACUGUUAUAAUUCUUCAGAUACAUGGAUCAAUUCCUGCAUCCCAGAAACAGCUACAGCUGCAUCUCUAGACAUUUCAACGGAGAUGAACUUUACCUCCACAGUCUUGCCUCAAGACACUUCAGCAGUUGUUCACACAUCAGAGCCACCACAGACCAAAGUUCUUCAGAAGUUGUUUCGUGUUAUAUGCAUAACAGAGAUCAUAACAGCAAAACCAACAACUGAGGAGGCAAUAAUAUUUUCACCUGACAAACGAACUGCCUUUCAAAAUGAUGGUGUCCAGUUUGGAGGUGUACCCAUUGCUCUUCUUGUGCUUGCCCUCAUCUUUUUUGUAGCUUCAGUAGUUUUAGCUGUCUGCUAUAUCAAAAAAUACACGAAAACAUUUCCUUUUUCUAAAAAGAAAGAGAAGAAAGAAGAAAUUGAAACCAAGAAUAUCAAAGAAACAAAGACAAGUGGCAAAACUCCUGAGCAGGAACCAAAGAAUGGAAAAAAGGCAGAAGAACCUCAGCCCAAGCCUGGCCCACCUGUGAAAUGUUUGGAAGCAGAGGUUUAAGAAAUGAGAUCCAGAUGGACAGGCCUUAGAUGAAGAAAAGGCAGAAAUUAGCAAAUAAUUUAUAUAUGGAUAAUUGUAAAUACUGUCAAAGUCAAUGUGUCUAUAGUUCAUGCGCAAUACAUCUUACCUGUAGCUAUAACUUGUCGUUACAAAAUAUGCAGCUCUCGAAAGCAGAACUGUGUUUAUUUUUCAAUAACAACUAUGCACAUUUUAGGCCUGUUUGGCGUGGAUAAUAAGUACCUUGUUUUAGUGUCAGUAAUAAAAAAUAAAGAAUAAAUGCCAUAUAUUGGUCCAAACUAUGGGAGAAACCUUGUUUUUAACUCCUCUUCAAGCUAGGUUUCAAACAUAUGCAAAGAAUUUACAAAGAAUUCAGUGGACAAUCCUCCAUAUGUGAUUCAGAACAACCCCCCUCCAGAGAUUUUCUUGUUUGUGAUACCAGCUGUAACCCCCCCCCCAAAUGUACUACAGUUCUAGAAAUGACUACAGGUUGUCUCUUUCUGCUGCAUGUCUUAUUGCAGAAUUUCAAAAAUGGAAGUUAAAGUGGAACGGAGGGGAAAGCUCUGAUUCAUUGGGGGAAAUGGGCACACACUGUGAUAUACUGCCAAUCUUUAAUUUACCCAGUUUUACAAAAAUUCCCAGAAAGACCAGCUGCUCAUUACUUGAUAUUACUCCUUGAGGAUGUAGACUCUCAAAUAACUGAGAUCAUGGCUUGAUUCUGUGCAGCUAUCAUUGCUACACGCAGACAAAUUACACAGGACCAGACUUAUUGUUAAAUGUUGAAAACAGGGUGCUAGAAAAUAGGUCCCUGCAUCUUGGUGUGUGGGGUACUGCCUGUUUAUAUGCACUUUUAUAUUUUAGCUGAUUUUACUUAGGUGGACCAGCAUAUUUGUAAGUUUGUUUUUACUGGUUAAUACUAAUUAGUCAGUCUUUAAGAGAAAAAUGAGCUAAACACUCCUCUAUAGAUUUUACUUUGGACAAAUAGUCAUACACAGGUUCUAGGUUCCAUGCCACCUCCACCUUCUUGAGUUUUUCCAGACAUGCACCAAUACACAAAAUAUAGUCAGGGGACUUCAGAUUUGAAAAGCACUCUUAAAGUCAAGAUUGUAAAAUCUCACCGCAUUACUGUUUUUCAACAUGUUAUUUGCAUAUUAUAAAGACAACUGCAAUGCUUUGCACGUUGAUCCAGAAUUUGUCCCACUGUGUUUAAUGGAGCUUACUCUCUAGCAAAUGUUUGGUACUGCAGCACAAGAUAUCUCUGAAAAACUGGUAUGUUGUCAUAAUCAUUCAUCAUCACAAUUGACCGUAUUAUUUAUUAAAAUUGCAUUGAAAUUAGAUAAAGUAAGAGCUACACAAUUAUUUCUAUAAUUCACCUAAACUGGAUCUCACUGGCUAUGGAAGGUUUACCCACAAUGGAUGACUUAAUAAAAACUUCCAAAAUA